GCUGUGCACUGACAUAGGUACACUUGUUUUACAUCUACUGGAAACCUAAAUAUUCAAAAAGGUCACUUGAUAUAAAUAGACCGCGUCUCACAAUGCCACCUAGCAGAGGUAGUCUGUAUUUAUAGACAACUGCCUAUGGAAAUCCCUGAAAAUGGCUGCUGUCAACUUGUCAAGCAGCUUCGGGCGAUGCUCCCCCAAUCGUCUCCACAUUCUCGGCCUCGUCCUUAUUUUCGACCGAGCCUCCGCGUGGAGUUAGAUCCGGAGAUAAAUGAUGGUCGAAAAUGCGCCCCCAAAGAGAAUUCUAGACGCAAUAAUAAUAGCUCAGCUGUACGCUGUGAACUGGCGCUUAGGCAGCAGAAUUUCUCGACUCCGGUCUGUCGACUUGCUCAGAAAAGAAAGAGCUUUAAUACGCAGUGGUUGCCCAUCUUAGGAGUACGGAAGCCGUGAGAUACAAUAUUGUCGCGUUGGGAAAGGACACCAGAUGUGUGGAAGAAACUGGCAGACACACGCAUUUUUUCGACGCUUUUUUCGACAUCACUCUAGACGCGCUGAAGGCCCAAGGAAGCCAAUUCUUGGAGCGCGCGGGAUGAGUUCCUCGACGAGUGCCGUCCUCUAUGCGGUCACGAUAUCCUCUUCGCCAGCAGGCGCGGUCCCUGACGAUGCUAGCAAGAAGGCGCAUCAUUUGAAAGGUGGAUUUAGAAAUCCAUGGGACUCCUGGAAGGACCUGGAGCCGUUGAAGAUUGCCUCGUCCUUGAUUCGUCGUCGAUUGGCUGGAGAGGCAAACGUCCCGGAUACGACUCCUCCCACAGUUCCUGUACAUACCCCGAAGUUCCUUCCGACCAGACAGACACCAAAGCUAAGAGCAACUUGGCUUGGUCACGCUUGCUACUAUGUCGAAUUCCCGAGCGGUCUUCGAGUGCUGUUUGACCCUGUAUUCGAGGAUCGGUGCUCUCCAUUGUCGUGGUUGGGCCCGAAGCGUUACACAGAGGCGCCUUGCAAGAUCGGUGAUAUACCUAUGAUUGACGCCGUGGUGAUCUCUCACAACCACUAUGAUCAUCUCUCCUAUGACACUGUUACGGAAAUUGCGCAGAAGCACCCGAAUUGCCAUUUCUUUGCGCCCUUGGGAAACAAGAAGUGGUUCACUGAGUCGGGAAUUAAUAACAUGACGGAAUUGGAUUGGUGGGAGGAGCGCGACAUGACUCUAUCGCCUUCCCAGUCUCCAUCUACGGAUGUUGUUGAAACGGAAGACGGAUCUUCUAAAGCCGUCGAGAUUCUGGGACGUGUGACCUGCUUGCCUUGCCAGCAUACAAGCAACCGAGGCAUCCUCGACAGAUCGAAGACCCUGUGGGCAUCCUGGAGUAUUGAAUCUGGAGGUGCUAAAGUCUACUUUGCCGGUGAUACGGGAUACAGAGCCGUUCCAGAACUGCCAAAGGGUGCCGAUGACCACAGUCCAGAAUACAAACUUCCCACCUGCCCUGCAUUCAAACAGAUCGGCGAAUUCAAGGGGCCUUUUGACCUCGGUUUGAUCCCCAUUGGUGCUUAUGAUCCUCGAUGGAUUAUGAGUCCUAUGCAUGCGGAUCCUCAUGAUGCUGUAAACAUCUUCCAGGACACUAAAUGCAAAAGAGCUCUUGGAAUGCACUGGGGCACAUGGGUUCUGACGGAGGAAGAUGUUCUAGAGCCUCCUAAGAAGCUGAAGGAGGCUCUGGAACGUAACGGCCUUCCUCCAACAGGGACGUUUGACGUCUGUGAUAUCGGUGAGUCUACAGAGUUUUGAAUGGCCUAAUUCCACUGCUCUAGUGGUGGAAUGGCUUAAUGCGGUCGUUCCUUUCGGUUGGCCUGUGUAUACAGCGAAGAGCGGUGGGCUAUAAGCCUCGAGUGAUUAUGUACCUGUACAAACACGACUGUACGUUGACGAUGGGUUUGCACUUUGAUACCUUUGCUGGUGGUGGCUCGCCUGCCCUUCCAGUUUGUUAUUCUUCAGUAUUAUUAUCUUUUAAUGGCCAUCCCCUAUCCUUAGUUUGAAUUAAUUUCACAUUUCCCGCCUUUAUGCUCCUGCGCAAGGGUAGGGGUCUAAUUCGUUGACAAAACAUCUGUGUAAUCUGUGUAAUAAUAUUCUUGAUAGCCC